CAAGUCUAUUGAUAAGGAACAAAAAAAUAUUGCAUGUCAGGUCUAUUCUGUACUUGUGUUACUGAUUUUACCAACUUUGACAAUAUAAGUCUUACAUUCACUGUAGCAAAUUGUACAAACAUAGAAAAUACUUUUUCAAGAUUAAAAAAAGAAUAUGCUUUCACUGGAACGUAUUCCAGAUCAAAUUGGACAUCUGGUUUUGACAGAGGAUGGAGCUGUACUAACGUCUGGAGGUGAAUUGGAAAAUGAUGAAAGAUUUGCAAACAUUAUUAUAGGUUUAGUCACACUAACCAAUAAAAUUGAUCCCAAAGCAUUUCCUAACAAUGAGGCUUUUGAUAAAAUAUCGAUAACAUAUCCAGAUCAUUGUUACAUUAUUUGUCUCUCAAACAAAAAGAUUCAUAUAGUGAAGAAAAGAUUGUUAUCUUUAACAUCUGCAACUGUAGAACAGCCUCUUAUUGAUGUAUAAGUAAAUAUUAUCCAUUUGUACAAAAAUAAAAUUAAAACAAAAUGAAACAAUUUAAUAAAAAUAUAUAUAAACAUGUUCAGUCAUUGUUUGCAAAUUUUUGUAAUAAUAUUAAACUAAUCUAAAUAGAAGCGUGAUGUUAAUAAAUCUGUCAUAAUUAA